AUGUCCAAUCACCUCAGACCCUUAUUUAUAACAGCAAACUUUGGGGGUAUUCCUAUUCCCAAGGUCAUGGUUAAUGGAGAUGUCAUAAAUGGAACUAAGGAGAUAAAGAUUGCAUUCUUUGUGGUAGACACCAUUUCUACCACUUAUAAUGCACUGCUUGGCAGAGACUGGAUCCACCAGAGCCUAUGUGUUCCCUCCACCCUGCAUAAGCAAUUAGCUCUAUGGAAUGAAGAAGGUUAUAUGGAGAUAGUAGAGGCCGAUCCACGGCCAUUUCUGCCCUCUGCCAUGUGUUUUGAGGCAAGGUAUUACCAUGAUGACCUUGGUCCUUUCACCUUCCUUGGAAUGAACCAGAACGGCCGUCCCCAUGGUGUCACGGCCUAG